UAGAAAAGCACGUACAAGUCGUUUUACCAUCGUACGAUAUGUUUGGGUUGACAUGAAAUUUAGAAAUGAAUAUCGUUAUUCUAUUUUGUUUUGUUUUUGUAAUAUCGGCAUUCGCAAAUCAGGUAACAGUGCCUGUUCAACUAUAUCCUGCAUAUCAACAAAGCGUGUAUAAUUCUCCCGCUGCUCCAGUUGUCUAUCAAACUGCUCCUACAAGCUAUAAUAACCCUUGUGCGCAAUACACAAUAGCUCAAAAUACCUUACCUAAUCAAUUAGUUAAUAAUCUUGUCAGCAAAGUACUUGCAAAUCCAACAAUCCAUAGAAUUUUGGACCCUAAUACGAGAUUUUACAACCAAAAUGGAGAAAUUUACAACCAACAACCAAUAUACAAUCGAGAAGUAGUGCCUAAUAUAAUUAAUAAUUAUUUCAUAGUUCCACCAGAGUUUCUGAAAUUGAAUCAAAGUGAUUUAAAUACUUUAUCAGCAUUACCAAACAUUAUAAAUAAUGAAGCGGUUCAUAAAAUAGUGGACAACGUGGAAAUAUUAACAAACAUUCCGCAAGUUAAUUAUGCUACCAAAGAGAACUUAGUGCAAGUAAGUUCAGAUGCAUCGCAAACUGCAAAAACAAAUCAACAAACUACCCGUCGUAGGAAAACAAGAAGAAAAAAAGGAAAAAAACGUGCCAGGAACAAAUUUCUGACACCUCAAAGUAUAGCUAAAGCAAUUGGCUCCUAUAUUGCUACUAGUAAUACUCAAAAUAUACAAGAAAAUCAAGAAAAAUCAAAUGUAACUAAUAAAAUUUUAAAUUCGACCCAAAUGCAGAAUAAUGGUGAUGUCGUACUGGAGUCCAAAGAUACUACAACAGAGACAACUAAUCAAAACUCAAGUAAUUCUAACACUGAUGGAGGCCACAAGAAAAAGUCUAAAAAGCGUCCUAAAUCUGACACAAAUGCUGCGAGUAUUCCUAAUACAGGAGAAAUAUCCCAAGAUAACAUAGAAAAUAACAGAGUAUUGGUCGAUAAUGAUUCUCAACACAAACUAGAAACAGACAAAAUUAUGGCGACAGAUUUCAUUCAAGGUUUAAAUAUAAAUAACGACCGAGCAUGUCCAGAUUCGUCUCCGAAAGAGCUUAAUGAGGAGUGCUUUGAGGAUAUUGGAUCACUGAUAUCUUGUCUAAGUGAUGACAUACUUGAUAGUAGAAUAACAAGAAAUUCACAAUCAAAUUCAAGAGAUGAAGCAAUUUGGAGAGAUUUUCGGCAAAGUUUUCCGGAUGUACCAGAAAAUUUAGCACGAAGCAUGUUGAUGUUUGCACAAAAUCAGUAUCAAAAUCCGCAAAACAGUAAUUUUUAUUACCCGACUGUACCGUUUGGCUUUGAUCAGAUAUACCAAAUGCCCCACAUAUAUAAUUAUGGAAAAGGUUAUUUAAGAGAGAAUAUACCGAAAAGUAAAAAUAGGCGACAUAAAAGUAAAAAAAGAAAAGCAAAAAAUAAAAAAAGAAAAAGUGCAAGUAAAAAAUCUACAUCUCAAUUUUCUGAUUUAGAACUAUUGGAUACAGCCGCAGAAGAUUAUAGUGAAUUGACUAGCACGACAAUGGAAAAUUUAGUUACUGAUGUAAUAUCUUCUACGGAUAAUCUUGGUUUCCAAACUGAAGAAGUUCCUUCUGAUAUACCUACAACAAAUCUUCCAAUAGACGCAGAAGUGCUAUUGCGAACUAUAUCACCAACAACCGAAGAAUCGCCAAGUGAUUACGAUAAUGACAAACAUCUUGAUAGUCAUGAACGAUAUGAAGAGUUAGACUUAGGAUAUCGUGAAACGCCUGAACUGGGAGAAGAAGACACAGUUCCAAUAAUUUAUACUAAUGGCUUGAUAGAUGAUUAUUAUCCUACUUUCACUGAUAAUGCGUACUACGCGAAUGAUCAUGAAUAUACCGUAGCUGAUUUAAAUGAAAGGUAUUAUUAUACAACAGAUAGAAAUGUAGAAAAUUUUGGAAGAGAUAGAAGAAAAUUAGAAAGUUUAAAAGAAGCAGUGCCUAAAAUACUGCAAAAGUCUUUCAGAGACGCUGUACCUAAGCAUACAUAUUUUGAUGCAGACAGGGAAAGUUACAAGAAUUUGAUUAAAGAAAAAUUUCUACCUAAAUCACAAUUCAAACCUACAGUGCCUCCGGUAGUGGCGAAAGAAUCAUUCAAAACUCCUCCAGCCUUAGAAAAUCCAGAUUUUAAAACCAAAAGGAUCAAUAAAGAUCCUUUAGAUACAGAAGAUUAUAAAAUUGAGGAUAGUUUUGAUGAUGUAGCAGCAUACUUUGAUUACGCAGAAAAAUCUUCCAUAUAUUCUAACGCAAAGACUCCAUUCUACAACGGCAAGGGAAAACCCAAUUCAGAAACGGGUUUUGUGUUAGAAAAACAUCAAAAUUCAAUGAAGGUGAGGUGGAAACAUUAUUUGCCAGGUCUAAGGUAGCUAAAUAUGGAGCAGAAACCGAGGAUGUGAGUCCUGAAUUUCCAACAAUAGAUGAUUUUUGAGGAAGAAGCAGUUAGCGUGGUUACAGCCCAGUCGUUACUAUACCCGGAAGAUUAUUGGUGAUACACGAGCGAAAUAAAAUUUCAGAUUAAGUAUAAUUUAUUCCCAAAGUGUUAAAAAUAUGUAAUAAUUUAUUAUACGGCUUAAAAAAGUGUUUUUUACCUUAUUUUAUAUAUUUCAUGAAACAAUUCAGUGACUAAUUCAACCGGUUAUAAAAAUAAUAAUAAUAAAGAUAUGUAUAAAAAAAUAACUUCAAUAAUAAAGAGAUGACAAUAA